GACUGCACCAGGGUGACCAUGCACCCACGCCAACUCAUCUCGGUCACUCCCAUUCGACCCCAUCUGCGCCCAUCAUCUCCCACCUCCCAGCUCCCCUGCCCUUCGCAUUUCGGGUCACUCUCCGUACUGACGCUUCGAGUCUUGAGUAACGCGUUGCAUUUUCUACCUGGUCUUCAUUUCCUAUCUCAUUCUAUUGUUGCGCCGUUCGCGAUAUAACUACUCGACCUGUCUAUCCUCUGAUUACCUCCGCAAUCCCUGUCACUCCAUCUACUCCACCCGAUAUAUCCUGCGAUACUCCCCUUCCUUUCGACCAGUGGAAGUCCGCGGCGCAACUCCAGCCAUGUCUGUCAAAUUCGAGAAGGAGCAGAUCUCGACGACGCCCGUCGUACGCGGUGGAAAACAUGAAAGCAUCCCUCACAGGAUCGGUGAACGCCUAACAGGAGGACCGCAGCCGACAGGUUAUCUUGCUGCAUACCUCAAGCAGCUCCAGUCAAACCCUCUGCGCACAAAGAUGUUGACCUCCGGCACAUUAUCUGCUCUUCAAGAACUUCUAGCUUCAUGGCUUGCCCAUGACCGUAGCAGACACGGUCACUACUUCAGCUCAAGAAUCCCCAAGAUGGCUGCCUAUGGCGCAUUAAUCAGUGCUCCGAUGGGCCAUAUCCUCAUCGGCUUCCUACAAUGGGUCUUUGCAGGCCGAACCAGCUUGAAAGCGAAGAUCCUGCAAAUUUUGGCCAGCAACUUGGUGAUCGCACCCAUCCAGAAUACCGUCUAUCUAGCCUCGAUGGCUGUCAUUGCCGGUGCCCGCACAUGGCAUCAAGUCCGUGCCACUGUCCGUGCUGGUUUCAUGCCUGUCAUGAAAGUCAGCUGGAUCACAUCUCCUUUGGCUUUGGCCUUUGCACAGAAAUUUCUCCCAGAACAUACCUGGGUACCAUUCUUUAACAUUGUCGCCUUCUGCAUUGGCACUUAUAUCAACACGCACACCAAGAAGAAGAGAAUCGCAGCUUUGAGGAAGAAGCACUACGGUGAUGGACGAAGCUCUUCGGGCCGCCCAGAUGAGAGAUACUGAAUAAGUGCUGGUUGAAUGGAGGAGCAGGUCGUCUGGGAGAUGGAGCGAGAAGCCAUGGCUAAGACACAUUCGUUGCCCCUGCGCUUGCCCUACUGGAGGGAACUAAUCAGAAGACAUGGAAGAAGAAAUGGAAAUUGGACCGCAUAUGAAGAGCAAGCACUUUGCUUGACUUGUCCUCUUUCUUGCACCGAAGCUAGUGUAUGAACCUUGUUGCUGGAGGGCGGAUGAUGUGCCGGGUACAAGAUCGUGGUGCUUUUUGCACAUGUGUUGGCGUACGCGUUUCUUACUGAAAGGACCCAAAGCUAGUCGAAUAUUGCUGCAGUGUUGAGGCACUGGAAGAGAGGAAUUUCUUGGUCUCCCGUAAAAUCAUACCGAAGUCGGAACAUGGGCACCACUACUUUGGACCUUCGCUUCGGUCAAUAAUGACAUCUGGAUCGCACUUGAUUGUCGCGCUGGGCGUCUGUUGCAUUGUUCUACAGUUCCCUUCUAGCUCUGCUGUCAAAAUUGAUCGUACUUUCAUGAUCC